CGCUCGGAGCCACUGCCCUUGGGAAGCGCCGCGGCUGAGGCUUGCGGGGCUCGCCGGGCUUGCCUGUGUUCCCUUAGCAACGCAGUAGCAGUACACAAGUGCUAACCCGAGCAGCACGCGCGAUGUGCUUCAACAAAGCGGAGUCGCUGCUUCAAUACUCCUUUGGAACAUGUCAACAGAGGAAGCUCUUUCCUCACUUCCAUCCCCCAAACUCUCUGGGAAACAAGUUUCUCCCUCUUAGGGGGGAACCUCACAGAGGGCCUGGAUGUUACACAGCAGAAAAUAAUGUGUAUGAAUUGGCAUACAACCUCUCUAGGAUACCGACCAGUAGAAAAGGAUAUGCUUUUGGAGCCAGAACAUCCGUGAGGUUUAAGCCAAUCAAGGAUAUGACACCUAACCCCAGCACGUACCAGACAGUAAAUCCGGAGCAAAAACACAAACAAAAUUUUGCUCCAUUUAAUACCUUGUUGCCUCGAUUUAGGACAUACUCAAAGGACACGUAUUUUCCUGGCCCUGGCACAUACAACCCAGAAAUAAAGCCACCCCCCAGAAUCACCUGGCCAAUGAAAUUUGGAUCUCCAGACUGGGCUCAGGUUCCAUGUCUACAGAAGAGAACCCUAAAAGCUGAGCUGUCCACCGACAAAGACUUCAGAAAGCAUCGGAACCGUGUGGCCUAUCUAAGCCUGUUUUACAAUUGAGCAGCUGGGACGAUCUCCACGUGCUCCUCCUGUGCACAGAAUCUCCAGGAGGGAGGACAGAGCUGCUCUUCUCCCUCUGCACUGCUGCGGCCCUCUUGUCUUCCAGCGCGGGGCCCAGAGAGAGGCAAGGAGCUCAUAACUACCAUGUGAGAGAAUAAAGACCAGUUCAGAAUGUU